AUGAACCCGUGCGGUCGCUUGACAUGCAAGCCAAACGCAAAGACCGAGAGCAACACCUGCGACUGCACCAUUCCUGGCGAGGCCAAUCAGCCGUUCGUUGAGGUCGCUAAUGGAUUGGGCUCCAACACAUGUGCAUAUGGUGAGUGCGCCAUAUUCUACGCCCAAAAGUGUAUUGAGGACCCAUCCCUGAAGAAACGUGGUGCUCUUCUCUUGCUGCUCUCCUUUGACGUCUGCAGCUCUUACCCUACGAACCCUUGUGGCGCGGGCACAUGCAUCAACGAUGGCAAGGGCGCCUACUCCUGCAUCUGCCCUCCCAACUACAUCAGCAGCACAACCAUCGACAGCGUCCCCACCUGCGACCCAGGUGCUGCUACUUAG